AGGUUGUAGUACAGGAAAUUAGGAAAAGCACCGCGGUCUUAACAAUGAAAUUAACACUGGUGGUCAUAGCCCAUGGAAAUCUGGUGUUCCAGUCAUCCCUCAAAUAUUUCUUUUUUUACAAAGAAACUCUUCUCUCUCCCGUAGUACUUACCCAUGGUUAACUGGCGCCGCUUUAGCCUAAUUUUUUUAAUGCAUAUGCAGAUACCAUGUUAAGUUCUUACUUUUAAGUCUUAACUCAUUUUCAAAUAAAUAAUAUAUUCUCUCCUUGUUUCUCUCUCUCUCUCUUCCUUUGAGGCUUGAGCCCCUACCAAACACCGCCGCCUUAUAGGACCGUUGUACACAGUUCCCACCGCCCACGACUCCACCCAGAAAAUGUUGAACACUUGAAAACCUGUCUCGUAGGAACCAGCAACACCUUUCUCUCUUUUCUCACCCUCCAUUUCUAGGGAAAAACCAAAAGUUAACACACACCAUAUGAUUAGAUAUUUUUAAUUAUUAUCAUAAGGUCUCAGUUGACCAGUGAUUAUAACGUAGGUGAUCCUUGUGUUUCAUUUCAUUUCAUGGAAUACUAAACAGGUGAGUUUUCAGUUUUCCAGAGAAGAGAAGAGAGUACUACUUACAUCUGCAUAUGAAUGAGCCUCUGCCCUCAUUCAUAAAUUGAUUGAGCAGCUAUGACGACGGAGCCACCACCAAUGCCACUUUCCGGCGAGGAAGCCGCCACCUUAUCGGCUUUGGACUUAGAAACAGCACCUCAACCAGCCGCACCUCCCCUAAAAAAGAAGCGAAACCUCCCUGGAAUGCCAGAUCCGGAUGCUGAGGUGAUUGCUUUGUCGCCAAAGACGCUGUUAGCGACGAACCGUUUCGUGUGCGAGAUCUGCAACAAGGGGUUCCAGAGGGACCAGAAUCUCCAGCUCCACCGGCGGGGACACAACCUCCCGUGGAAGCUCCGGCAGCGUGCCACCAAGGAGGUACGAAAGAGGGUGUACGUGUGCCCCGAACCUUCGUGUGUCCACCACAAUCCUUCCAGGGCGCUCGGCGACCUCACCGGCAUCAAGAAGCACUUCUGCAGAAAGCACGGCGAGAAGAAGCUCAAAUGCGAACGUUGCUCAAAGAAAUACGCCGUUCAGUCCGAUUGGAAGGCACACAUGAAGACCUGCGGAACCAGAGAGUACAGAUGCGGUUGCGGAACCUUGUUCUCUAGGAGGGAUAGCUUUGUUACGCAUAGAGCUUUUUGCGAUGCGUUAGCUGAAGAGAGUGCUAAGGCUCAAACCCUAAGCACUGAUGACAAGGACGGUGUUGGUGCUGGUGUGACCGCGGCUUCUUCUUCAUCGCCGCCGCAGCCGCCGCUUACUCCGUCGACUUCGGUGGUGUCUCCGACUCUGUCAAUUCAGAGCUCAGAAAUUCCGGAAAAUGCGACGAGGCUGUCACCGCCAACAACGUGUGUUGCGAAAGCUGUGACAACUAGCACUGUUCUUGCAACUGUGUUGGCAUCCUCAGCCGGAGCAGCAGCACCAUCAACCACCUCAUUCCCCAACGUCACGGCAGCCACGUCACUCUCCCUCUCCGUGCCACUCUAUCUCUCCAACAACGUUAACGACCCUCGCCAUCACUACACUGCAUGUCCACAGCCAUCAACAACAGCUGCACUGUCUGCCACCGCAUUGCUCCAGAAGGCAGCUCAAAUGGGUGCAGCUUCUUCCAACACGUCGCUUCUUCGAGGUUUAGGCUUAGCCACGUCAUCUACGGGAUAUCAUCCUCAAGACGAGAGCGGCAUUGACAACCCAAUAAUGCAAUGGAACAUGAGCAGCCAUGUGAAGCAAGAGAAUCCGAGUUUGGCAGAUCAUAACCUUGGGCUUGGACUUCCAUGUGGGGAUCCGGGUUUUGCAGAUGUGAUGAUGGGGUCCCCUCCCAUGACCCGGGAUCUUCUUGGUCUUGGAAUCGGUGGCAAUGGCGGUGAUAAUGUUAGCAGGGGUGGUCUUUCUGCUUUAUUAACCUCUUUUGGAGGGAACUUCGAUUCAUCUGGAGAUGCAGGUGGAGUUCGCCACCAGUAGAAUAUGUUGAUGUGGCUCGCCGCGCUUUUUUUGGUGACGAGAAAUCAACUCUACUCUUGUAUAUCCUUUGAGCUUUCCCAGUCAGAAAAAUGACGGGUAAAGACAAAAAGUCACACUUAUAUUAAUCUCACGUCACAUGUAGUAUACAAACCUCUUUUUCGGGAUAUAAUUAUUGUAUGCCCCAAGUGUUUUGUACUUUUGUCUUUCUCUGUAAUGAGUGUUUAAAUUUGGUAGAUCAACGGACAAUUAAAAUUGUAGAAAAAUGAUGAAAUAUGACAUGGGAUAAUGUAGAACUGAGCUACUGUAACUAUACGCCUUACAUGAAGGAAAAUAUUUUGUACAUACGAA